AUGAAGUUCAGCCAGAUGCCGCCUAGGUACCUGGCUGGAGUACUUCUAUUUAUUCCAGGGGGCCUGGCUGCGGAGUUUGGCGAUGAUUUCGCCAAUAAUCUAUUCACAGAUUUGGCACCACUUAUCGCCCUUUUUGGAGAAAGGGUUACUAUGCAGUAUAUGAGUCAGGCUACAGGCUGGGCUGAUAGUUUUACUCUUGCAAUGGCACCCCUUGGUAUCCUCACGAUUAUUGUCAGCGCUAUCAGAGUUGGAGGGCCGUCUUGGCUAAAGGCGAUCAUUGGUAGAGCUAGAGAAAACUUGGCUGCUGCUGAGGUCGAACUGAUGUCUUCCACUUCUGUGGAUGUCUGUGAGUUAUGGAAUGGUUCUGAGAUUGUCCGGAGCCUUGGGUCACCUCCCGUGCGGGAGUUCAUUCUUCUGUUACCUAAAGAUCGGAAAGAUGCCAAUCUGCCGACUGGUACUUUCGACUUUGAGUGCAAAAAUAUUAAAGAGGCCGAGAGAGAUGGCCUCUUGACCACUAGUAAUCGAAUCGGAGACUCAGAAAAGGGGAUGAGUAUGUGCAGUUCUGAGCCAGACUCCCGAGGGAUUGAACUCGAAGACUCGAACAAAUCAGAAAAAGUCAUUAUCAUCUAUAACGAAUCAACCUCAGCACCUAACAUAUCGCUCAAUGUCCAUCCGCAAAAACGAGCUGAGGCUGAGGCUCCACAAGCACAUGCUGAGCUUUUGGCUAGUGUAGCUGUCAGCCUGACUGCAUCUCUCAUUCUUUCGAGCAUCUCGUCAGUUACUACCCAGGAUAGCAGUGUUCUGGUCUAUGGCGCAUCCACUGACAUAAAGACUGCCCUUACCGCUCAGGCUUCUUGCAAGCUUAUCUUCGCCAACUCUGAUGUCCAGUCUGACUCAAUCUUCAUCCACCCCAGAGCCUCUAUAAGGGCCAUGCAGCACUUACUCCCUCGCGGCAUCAGUCACUUCGUCGAUCUCACCGAGAAGACCGACAACAAGAUCAGACAGCAUCUAUCUCACCUAUAUAAGGCCCUCAGCUUCAGGCUUAGUCAUGCAAUGACCUCCAACACUGCUAAUCUACUCGAGACUGCUUUUAAGUUCAGUGGUCAAUCACACCUAAUUCCGACAAUUGUCACCGUUCAAGACAUCACUUCACUUCCAUCACCUGACCCCACGCGAAACAUUGGACGAGACAUCGGACGAGACGUCGGACGAAACAUCGGACGAGCCAUCAUCGAUUGGAGAAGCCCCCAACCCGUCAGCGUCACAAUCCGCCCCAUCAGCGGACAAGGCCUCUUCUCCGCUAAAAAGACCUACCUCAUGGUGGGUCUUGUCUCGGACUUUGGUCGCUCCCUCUGUCACUGGAUGGCUGAGAACGGCGCCAAGUACAUCGUCCUCACCAGCCGCAGAGCACAGGUCGACCAACUCUGGCUUCAAGAAAUGGAUGACUUGGGCGCUAUUGUUAGGGUAUACCCCAUGGAUGUAUCCAAGCGUGACUCUGUACAGGCUGUAUGCGAUUCCAUCAAGGAUCUCCCGCCUGUUGGUGGUGUUUGUAACGGUGCACUUGUUCUCAAGGAUCAGCUCUUCGUCAAGAUGGAGCCUGAGGCAUUAAGUGACGUAUUUGCACCAAAGGUCGAUGGAACGAUCCACCUGAGCGAGAUCUUCUCUGAGCCCACUCUUGACUUCUUCGUUUUGUUCUCGUCAAUGAGCUCUGUUGUUGGAAACGCUGGUCAGUCCAACUACAAUGCCGCAUCUCUGUUCCAAGCUGCCAUUGCACAACAAAGACGCGAAAGAGGUCUCGCAGCGUCAGUCAUGGCUUUGGGCAUGGUCGCCGAUGUUGGAUACAUCGCUGCGAAGGGUCCAACACUCAUGGAGCGGCUGAAGAAGGCUUUCUACAUGCCAAUCUCAGAGUCGGACGCCCAUCAGAUCUUCGCUGAAGCUGUCGCUGCUAGCAAGCCUGGGGUGACAGACGACGACACGAUCGAGAUGGUCUCAGGCAUCCAGCCCUUUAACUACACGGCUUCGACCAAGGCUCGGCCUCCUUGGGUCAACAAUCCACGCUUCUCACACUUCGUCCGUGAGGAGGAAGGUUCCAAAGACGUUGAUGCGGGUAGGGCAGGCCAGAGUGACAUCCGCAUCUUGGAACGACUAGACGCCGCUGGCUCUGAAGAAGAGGCUGCUGCUGCUCUUCUCGUUGCUUUCAGAGCCAAGGUUGAGACGAUGUUGCAAAUGACUCCAGAUAGUCUCAAUGUCGAGGCGUCGCUAUUGGACGUCGGUAUUGACUCCCUCUUGGCUGUUGAGAUUCGAUCGUGGUUCUUGAAGGAAGUCCAUGUGGACGUGCCUGUUCUCAAGACACUCAGUGGCGACAAUGCAAGGGAUAUCUGCGCCGACGCAGCGAACAAGUAUCUCUCAGCCAAGAUGCAGGAGAGCAAGUCUGAGACCGGUGAUGCGUCCAAGUCAGACUCAGCAGCCAAUGGGUCAGCGACCGGCACGUCAAGUGAUGGUGGUUCAAGUCCAGUCAGAUCAGGUCACGCGACACCGCCCAGUACAGUUGGAGAAACAGAGCAUCAAGAGGACGUGAAGCAGGAGAAGGAGUUGGAAAGGGCUGAGAAGCUGUCAUAUGCUCAGGCGAGGUUAUGGUUUCUAAGUCAGUUCUCUAAGGAUGACACCUCGUACAACUGCGUCUACGUCUAUAAACUUACCGGAACCAUUCAGAUUCCGCGAUUGAAGAGGGCCAUUUACACUGUUGCAAAUCACCAUCACUCGUUGAGAGCAUGCUUCUUUACCCGUCCGGGAAGUGGUGAGCCUGUUCAAGGACUCCUUGCGUCAGCAAGAGACUGUUUCAAGCAUGUCAAGGAUGAAGAUGGUGACGCCUUAGACCGCGAGAUUAAGACCUGGCGAAACCAUGUUUGGCAGCUGUCUGACGGAGAUGUUCUCAAAAUCAUAUUUAUCUCCCAUGGAGCUGAAGAGAACUCCCUCAUCAUCGCGUACCAUCACAUUGCGAUGGAUGGCAUUAGCAUGCAUCUCCUCCUGCGGGAUCUCAACGCUGUAUACAUGGGACACAAGCUCGAUUCGUCAUUGAAGCAGUACAUGGACAUCUCAGUCGAGGAACGAAAGGCCAUAGAGAGUGGCCAGGUAGACGACAGGAUCUCUUACUGGACCAAUUUGCACUCACCACCUGCAGAGACUCUUCCACUCUUCCCAUUCGCUCGUGUCAAGUCACGACCUAUUCCCAAGACCUACCAAAACGUAGAGUCUCUUAUCGACAUUGGAAGGGAGCUCUCAGACCAGAUCAAGCGAGCAAGCCAAUCUCUACGCAUUACACCCUUCUACUUCUACCUUGCCGCGCUGCAAACACUCUUCAACAAGCUUUUGGAUGUGGAGGAUAUCUGUAUCGGUGUCACAGAUGCGAAUCGCAGCGAAGGUAGCUUACAGGCCAUCGGCUUCUUCCUCAACUUGCUGCCCCUUCGUUUCAACCUCCAGAAAGAUACGAACUUCUCAGACCUCGUCACGAAGACAGCCCAGCAUUAUCGAACAGCGCAAGCCAACAUGGGAGUUCCCUUUGAUGUCAUUCUCGAUAAGGCGGACAUCCCUCGAGAGUCAACCAGUACGCCACUCUUCCAGGUCGCCAUGAACUAUCGACAAGGCAACUUCUCCAAAAUCCCACUUGGUGGAAGCAACCUGGAGUUCAAGGACGGCUUUGAUGCUCAGAGUCCUUACGAUCUUGCAUUCAGUAUUACGCCUAACAACGACACUACCUACGUGCAAGUCGUUGCCAGAGAAGACUUGUAUACAAGAGAAGGGACUGAAACUUUAUUGUCUGCAUAUCUGGCGUUGUUGCACGAUGCAUCCCGAGAUGUAAGCAAGACGUUGGAGACCAUCAAUCUUUACGAUCAAUCUCGUAUCGACAAGGCCCUAUCGCUCGGGUACGGGGACGUGGUGGACUACGAUUGGCCCUCAACACUGACGGAGAAGGUGGAUGAGGCUAUCAAGAGGAACCCUCAUGAUGUCGCUAUCAAAGAUAGCAGUGGUCAACUCACCUACGGAGAACUUGCCAUCAAGGUCAACAACCUUGCCUCAGGCAUCCAGUCUCAGCUCCGGCCUGGUUCAACAGUCGCUGUUCUCUGUGAGCCGAACGCAUGCUGGGUCAUCUCCAUGUUGGCGAUCAUCCGCUCCGGGUGCAUCUACGUUCCUUUGGAUGGGAAGCUACCUGACGAGCGUCUCAAGGUCAUCUCUGGAGCUGUUUCACCCGGCCUCAUGCUCUGUGAGGACUCUACCAAGCAGCGCGCCAAUAACAUCUCUACUGGGGCACCCAUCCUUUCCGUGACUAACAGACCCGGCCCGACAGAGACGACUAGUGCGCCAAAUCGAGAGCGUGUGAAUGAAACGACUUUCGUCCUCUUCACAAGCGGGUCGACAGGAACACCAAAGGGAAUUCGACUAUCGUCACGAGGUAUCAUCAACUAUGUCGCCACCAAAAUAUCCAAGCUCUCUCUUGGUCAAGAGGUUGUUCUUCAACAGAGCGCUCUUGGGUUUGACAUGUCCCUUGCCCAAGCAUUCCUGGCUCUUGCGCGUGGUGGCACACUGGUCAUAACGCCCAGCGUCAGUCGAGGCGAUCCACUCGCUCUGGGUAAGCUCAUGGCUGAUGAAGGAGUCACAUUCACGUUGGGAACUCCGACUGAGUAUCUCAUGCUCAUACGCCAUGGAGGUCAAGCUGUGAAGACAAUGGGCUCUUGGCGUAAUGCGACUUCCGGUGGUGAAGCCAUCACUGCUCAGCUGAAGGCUUCUUUCAGAACUCUUCAGCAACCUCCAGUUCUAACCGAUUGUUACGGACCCACUGAGAUCUCAUGCUGUGCAACCAUGAUGACCAUUGAACUCAACGAUGACGGAGACGACAGUGCUUACUCGUCUGUUGGUCCAGCGAACCCCAACACUUCCAUCUACAUCCUUGAUGAGAGUGGACACGCCGUUCCGCAGGGCCUCACAGGUGAGAUCUGCGUUGGUGGAGUUGGUAUUGCUAUCAGCUAUCUCGAUGAGAAGUCAAGCUCACAGAAGUUCAUCUCGAACCCGUUUGCGACACUCAAGUAUAUUGAAAAUGGGUGGACUACGAUGUAUCGUACUGGAGACAGGGGCCUCAUCCGUGCUGAUGGCGGUCUUCAGUUUAUGGGCCGCAUGGACGGUGAUACGACUGUCAAGCUUCGUGGACUACGUGUUGAUCUUGAUGAUGUCGCCAAUACCAUGCUACAGCAGUUCAAGGACUUUCUCGAAGAUGCCGUGGUUACCGUUCGUGGUGAUCCAGCUUUUCUCGUGGCGCAUGUUGUCAUGACUCCAGGAACUUCUAUGGAUGGCUCGAAGUUGCAAGACUUGGCGAGUACCUUGCCACUUCCUCAGUACAUGAGGCCUGCGUUGGUCAUAGAAUUGGAGAAUCUGCCAUUGAACAGCAGUGGGAAGGUUGAUCGUCGUGCUAUCGCCGCCUUGCCUCUUCCUACAUCGCCUUCAUCCCCCGUUCCUACCAAACCAACGUCAGACAGGAAACCAACGCUUAUUGAAGGAGAGUUGAGACUCAUCUGGCACAACGUACUAUCCCAAGCAGGUCUGGCCAACACUGCGAGACUCGAGCCUGACACGGAUUUCUUCCACGUUGGAGGUAACUCACUGCUUCUCGUCAGACUCCGCAGUGCAAUUGAGAACUCGAUGGGCAUUACACUGCCGCUCAGCGAUAUGUACCGUUCAAGCACACUAGUUGGAAUGGCGGGUCUGAUUGCACAUCAGAAGAGCUCCGACUAUGCGCCUGAGGUAAUUGACUGGGACGCCGAGACAGGUUUGCCUUCUUCUAUCGACUUGAGCUACUCUCCCAAUGCAACUCCUGUCAGGACAGAAUCAGGUCUUGAGAUUCUCAUGACUGGUUCAUCGUCAUUCCUGGGGAAGCAAAUCCUCCAGUCUCUCUUGAACCGUCCGUCAGUGGCACGCAUUCACUGCAUCGCUGUUGACCCAGACUCUGAGGCCAGUCACCUCAAGGAUGAUCGCGUGACAGUCUAUCCUGGCAGCCUGAACGAACUCAUGUUGGGACUCAAAAGAGAAACGGCCAUUGUCUCAACAACUACUCAACCCUUCGUGUACCCAACGUGGAGUCUACACGACAGGUGGGAUUCUUUUGCUCUUGGUCGCCGGAUUCCCGUUCAUUACAUCUCAUCGAAUCGCGUUACACUGCUUGACUCAAGCGCAGAUUCUGCCCUUCCACCAGUCAGCGUUAAAGACCAUCAACCUCCUACAGACGGAACGGAGGGGUUCACAGCAGCCAAAUGGGCAGGUGAAGUAUUCCUAGCAAACCUAUCUGAAGCUGCAGCAGCGAAUGCAGAGAGGCACCUGCCUGUCUCAAUACAUCGACAUUGUGCUAUUGUGGGUGACGAGGCUCCUAUCGAGGAUGCACUCAACGCUUUACUUCGAUAUUCCAAGCUUAUUAAUGCUGUACCACGUGUAUCGAGCUUGAAUGUCGGCGGUCACUUUGACUUUCUCCCUGUCACGGAUGUCGCCGCCUCCUUCGCUGAGUUUGUCCUAUCUUCGCAAGGAACGCACUCGGGCGUGGCUUUCAAGCAUUACUCAAGUGGUGUAAAGGUGCCGCCUACAGAAUUUGCUUCAUACAUGCAAAAGACAUGUGGAGACGAGUUUCGAGAACUGGACUUGGACGAUUGGAUCGAGGAGGCUAGGAGCGAAGGAAUUGAGGAACUAAUUGUGUUGUAUUUGCAGGCUAUCGUGGAGAAGGGUGAAAGGAUAACAUUUCCGUUCCUGGGGAACACUGUGUAA